CAAAUAUACCCAUGCAACCUUGAACCAUUCACUCGGGAACCAUGACUACCACUCAGGUGCUGACGGAAAACGCACUCCUUGCUCGGGCUCGCGCCUGCCUUAGCAAAGAGGACUGCAGGAUCCUCUACGCGGAAUGGGCCGCCACAUACAACUCUGACCUCGCAGACGCAUCUCAAGAAUACGUCGCCCCGAUGCUGCUCGCCCAAACAGCUUUGAAGUAUGUUCGCACCCCAGAGGUGUCGAUCCUGGAUGCCGGGUGCGGAACCGGGCUGGUUGGAGUGGCUCUCGCACAGGGCGGCGUCAAAACUAUCGACGGCUUGGACCUAUCGCCCGACAUGCUCAAGAUGGCAGAAGGCGCAGGAGUGUAUCGCAACCUUGAUUCAGGGGAUCUAACACAGCAGAUCGAGAAAGCGGACGACACGUAUGACAUCGUGACCUGCGCCGGCACUUUCACGCAUGGUCAUGUUGGUCCUGAUCCUGCAUUGAGAGAGUUCGUGAGAAUUACCAAGAAGAACGGCUUUGUUGCCGCCACUGUCAUCGAGGAUCUGUGGCUAUCAGGUGGGUUUGAACGGGAGGUUAAACGUCUGGAGGCAGUCGGUCUGGUCAAGGUGGUCAGCGUGGAGCUGAAGGACUAUAGAAGGGGCGUGGGCGACAAGGCUACAGUGAUCGUCCUCGAGAAGCUGUGA